AUGCCGUUCAACUACAACAAAGUCCUCAUCAUCGGCGCUACCUCCGGAAUCGGCCGAGCCUUCGCAACCAAGCUCGUCGAGAACAACAUCCCCGUUGUGAUCUCCGGCCGUCGGGAAGAGAAUCUACAGGAGUUCAUCCGCCAGCAUGGCAGCGACAAGGUGACCGCCAAGGUCUUCGACGUGACCAAGCUGGAGACGAUCCCCCAAUUCGCCGCCAAAGUCCUCGCCUCGCACCCCGACAUCGACGCCGUCUUCAUCAACAGCGGCAUCCAGCGCCCCUUUGACUUCUCCAAGCCGGAAACCGUCGACCUCGCCAUCUUCGACCAGGAACUGCUCACGAAUUACACCUCCGCCGUGUACCUAACUAAAGCGUUUACGCCGCACCUGCAGUCGCUCAACAAGACGGCCGCGCUCCUCUUCACAACGUCCCAAAUGGCCCUCGUCCCCAUGAUGCGCUGCCCCAACUACGGCGCUUCCAAGGCCGCCCUGCACCACUUCAUCCUGGCCCUGCGGACGCAGCUGUCCGAUGGUCCGGGUGAUGUACGCGUUCUGGAGAUUUAUCCUCCCGCCGUGCAGACGGAGUUGCAUGAUGCGAAGCACCAGCCGGAUUUGAAGGAUGGGCAUUUGAUUGGGAUGCCGCUGGAUGAGUUUGUUAGUGAGGUUUGGGAGAGAUUGUCACAGGGGGAGGAGCAGGUUGCUGUUGGGUCGGCUAGGGAUAUUUACGAGGCGUUUGAGGUUAAGCGUCAGGGGCUUUAUGAGGAGAUGACGAGGAUGUUGAGUGGGUUGAUUAAGCAGUUUUUGCGGUAG